CUCAGCAAAGACCCACGUACGUCAAACGUACAAAUAAUGCGUACGUUAAGAUUUAUGUUACUUUGUUACUGUUGCCGGCGCUGAGGUUUUGUUCUAUAAAACGGUUAUAACUGAUAAACGCAACGAGUAAAAUUAAAAGAAGAAAAAUGGAAGUCAGUGUACAAGAUGUUGCCAUGCCAGGGGACGUAAUCAAAGAAAUUUUUAAGAGUGGUGGAACGAAAGAAAAAACCAUACUAGGGCCUGGUUUAAGACGAGAUGGCGACGUUGUUUAUGCAUGUAAAGCAGGCGUUGUAAAGAAGCGAGAUCCGUCCAUAUAUUACAUUGACAGCUAUCAAAAAAGAUAUAUUCCAAGAAGAGGAGAAAGCGUAGUUGGUGUAGUAACGCAAAAGGCAGGAGAUAUAUUUAAAGUCGAUAUAGGAGCUAGCGAGCAAGCUUCUCUCUCGUACAUGGCUUUUGAAGGGGCUAAUAAAAGAAAUCGACCCAAUGUUCAAGCUGGCGACGUCGUGUAUGCAAAACUUCUAGUUGCCAGUAAAGAUAUGGAACCUGAACUAAUAUGCGUAGAUUCACACGGGAAGAAGGGAAAAUUAGGCAUUCUCAGUCCCGAUGGCAUGCUAUUUACAUGUUCGAUAAACCUUGUAAGGAAAAUACUUAACCCAGAAUGUCCACUAAUAAAUAUGCUGUCCAAAAGAAAGGUAUGCGAACUUGCAAUUGGGGUGAACGGCAAAGUUUGGAUAAAAUCAAGAUCGGUGCAAGACACUAUUGGUAUAGCAAAUGCUAUUCUUGCAACCGAAUAUACUUCAACCGAGAACAUGAAAGCAAUUUUUGACGAAUUAUUUGAUGGCAUCGCAGCUCCAAACGACUGCUCCACCCUUCCAUGAACAUUUACUCGUAAAGCCUUGGUAUAGAUUCAUCGUUGUAUUCUUUUCCACCAUUCUUUGUAAAUAAACCAAAUCACAAGAUAAGGACCAACACAAUCUAAUUAUUGCAAUCGUUACAAAGUCAAGCAUCGGGUAAAAGCGUAAAAUGUUAGUAGGUGUGACAUCAUUGAAAAUACACAGGUUGUGUAUGAUAUUAUAUUGUGUACAAUAUUAUAUUAAAGGUGAAAACAGUA